GGUCGGCCUCCGCUGCAGCAGAGGGCGAGGAGACGCCGGGGGCACCGCGGUCGGUCUAAUCUGAACCGAGCCGGUGUGUUUAGCGUUAGCAGGUGCGCAGUCGCUUAUACGGCGAAGAGCAGCAGGACUCCACCAGGCUGAGAAUUGUGCGGUUUGCCAGGUUGCCACCACCACCCCUGUCGAGAUGUUUAACCCACAUCACCACCACCAGCAGCAGCAGCAGCAGUUCCACCAGCACCUGCGGCAGCUGCAGCAGCUUUUCCAGCAGCAGACCCCGCCUCCUCCGCCGCCCCCUCCGCCGCCUCCUCAGCCUCCACCCAGCCACCACAUCCCGCAUCACCACGCAGGCGGCCGGCCCAUGGCCGUCCCAGCGCCGGCUCCGCCUCCUGCCCGUAUGGUCAACCUCUGCUCAGCCACUCAAACUAUCAUCGCCCCGAACCCCAUGCUGCAAGGGGCGCUACUGAUGCAGCAGAUGCAAGGGAACAUGAGGAGCUUUGCCAUGGGUGGCCAGCAGUUCCAGCAGUUUUUCGCUGCAGGCUCAAGGUCCUCCAUCUUAGGCCCUGUUCCACUUGGGGUUGCUAUUAAAACUCCGCACAUGGGAUUUCCUCCACGACACUUCAACCCUCACGCUCGCUAUUUCAACAGUGACUUCCAGUCACGACAGCCUGACAGGAAGCAGGAGAACGAACAGAGAUCUGUGGGGGGCACGGACAACCAGCCAGGGGCAAGCAGCAGCCGAGAUGAAGCUGCAGCAGUGGCAGAUGUGAGCAGUCAGUCAUCCACACAGCAGUCAGACGAGCCAGCUGUGAAGAAACCGAGAACAGAAGGGCCAGAUGAUCCUGUGGAGACCGAAGCUUCCCGGAGUACUGAGUGUGAUCGCCCUGCUGAAGAUCCCAACACUGCAGACUGCAUAGUAGAGGAAGACGGGACCGUGGCCAGGUCAGAGGCAGCGGAGGCGGUGGAGCAGAGCAGAGCAGCUGAGCAGGUAGAAGAAUCUGAAUCUUUACUCAAAGACACGCAGCAGCAGAACAGUCCAGGUCAGUCUGAGCCUGCAGGCUCGGAGACGGAGGCUGAUGGCAAGGAGGACCCUGUGGGGUCAAGUGAUGUCAAUGAGGAGACCAGAGAAACAGGAGGAGAAACCUCCAACAGAUUCUACUGCUACAUCUGCAACAUCACCUGUCACAACCAACAGAAUUUUCAGAGCCAUAUGAAUGGACUGGCCCACCAGCAGAGAAUGAUGGAGAUACAGCACAUGAGUAACGCCUGCCUCGUCACGCUGCUGCCUCGUGUACAGGAGUCUCUGCAAGGGGCUCGCAAGGACGGAGAGAAAAGACCAGGCCUGCAGAGGUGGUGCGCCACCUGCCAGACCCACUUCACUACUAAUGUCAUGGACCAUCGCAAGACCAGGGAGCACAAGAUCUGUAGCCGUUCCUCUAACCCCACGUGCACGGUCUGUAAGCAGCAGUUCAGAAUGUCUAGAGAGUUUGUCGAACACAUGCAGUCCACUGAGCACAGGCAGCGCAUGGAGCAGAUGUGGAAAGAGACAGGGGAAGACCGUCUGGAGGACCUGAGUUUAGAGGCUUAUGCCGUUGGAGCAGACGAAGAAGGUGUGGACAGCGAUGAGGAGGAAAGGCCUGAUGAAGAAAAUGGUCAGGAAGGGCUGCCUGUGCAGAUGGAAGUUACGCUGGAGGACAUGACCGAGGAGGAGGAGUUUGACGCAGACACGGUAUAUGGUUCCAGCUUUGUGAUUCCCGUGGCUGGGUUUCUGUGCCGACUGUGUAACCAGUUUUACCAUUUCGAGACAUCAGCACGACACACUCAUUGCAAGACGCUCCAGCACUUUCAGAAUAUGAAGAAAUACAAGGCCUUAAAGCUCCAGGAGGGCUCGACGGUAGAGUCAGUCUGCGGCAGCUCAGCGGACCAUCCCACUAAAAAUGCAGACCCCCAGGCCGGACAGGCUCCCAGUAGCUCCUCUUUAAGUGACCCUGCCAUCAAGAACAGUAGACUAGCUCCAGUGAGUUCCGGCGAACCAGCUACUACUCAUCAGGGAAGCAUUACCACCACCAGCAGCAGCAGCACAAGCAACAGCAGCAGCAGACCACCUUCCCCACGCCAGCAGUCUGUGGCUGAACCACCCAGCCAGCCUCGAGACGAGAAGGAGGAGACGGCUACGGAGGAGCCGGAGGAAGAUGAUGACGUUCCGAGCAGCGUGCCAGAGGGAAAGGCCAGCAGAGGGCGCGGCAGAUCUUCUGCAAAGAAAAGAGGGAAAGGAGGAAGACGACGCUGAGGCAGUGUGGGCUCUGGAAUGGAAAGAGAGCGAGGGAGAGGGAAAUAGAGGACUGAGCUGCUAUCUAGUGUGAGGGAGAGAGGGAACUUGAUUCGAUCUCCAGUUUACCCAACCCCUGCAGUGUACCUCUUCAGCUAAAACAGCAGAAAGCCAGGACAAUCCCGAUAGAGUAGGUCUUUCUUUCACUCGGCCUUUUUUAUAGGUGUUUUCCCCACAGAACUAACCGUGUAGGUCAUAGUAAUUGUUUCUUCUUUCAGGCAGUCAAACGUGGGACAAGGCAUAACGGUAACUUUUCAAAAGAAAGUUGCACAAAAAGAAAGUUUCCACUCUCGAUUCUGCACAAGCUUGUAGUGACUUAGAAUGUAGCAACUCUCAAACAAGCGUUUUUUUUAAAAAAUCAUAAUUUAAAAAAAGUGGUUUUGUAAGGAAAAAAAAAAAGCAAAACAAAAAAAAGUGUCAAGGUACUAUAUUUUAAAAAUCGACGUCUUAAUCGCAUUCAGCUCUUUCCCAGGAAAACUCCUCUUGUGUUCGGGUGCUGUGAGGUAAGAAAUUGCAAGGGAGGCAACCCUCACUGCCCCAACCCGGUCAUUCAUUUUAAACUGCUGCUCUCCUUUUGUCCACUGGCUCAGAGAACAGUUUUUGCUUGGCUUUAGUUUCAGAGCACUCAGGCGAUUCACGAUGGGAUAGAUGGUGGAACGCUGCUCUCGGUCAUUGACUUCAGGCUAGACAACACCAGAUUCACCACGGCCGUACGUAGUGAAGUCCACAGUGAUGUCCUCUUCUGGGAUGAGUUGGUUCAGACAGUGCUGUGCAAAAGUCUUAGGCUGGUUUUAUCUUUUCAAACUUUCAUGCAAAAUCGUUUCGGCGCCCUGGACAGUUACAUGAAACAAUUAAAAAGCAAAGUUGCAUGCAACUUUCUCAGUUGCUCCGCUGUUUAGCCAAAUUAGCACCGUGCUGUUCUUCAUCUGUAGGUACAACUUGGAUUUUAAAAUUGGUCAUCUUUUGUACGUUUUAUUUUUUUUCUGCUGUCAGUUCAUUGUGGAUUGCGUCUGUCUCCACUUCUGUAACCCAGAUGAAUCAGACGUCAAGCUUUGAGAAGCUCAUAUUUAUGUUAACUAACAAAAAACUACCAACCUUGAGUCACCCAACAAACCACUCGAUCUGGGGAAACCAGUCGACGUGAGAUCACCUGAUUUGAAUCGGAUGUUUAAUGGAAGUUGUUUGGCGAAGCUGAGCUGCCUGCAACUGUUGCGGUGGAGUUUCAAGUGAGUUGCACGACGCUUUACUCUCUGCAGCUCGACUGCAGUUAGGUUUCAUGUAGUUUUCGGGCAACUAAAGAUGCAUGAAAAGUUCACCAUGUAAAGCCAGCCUUGGGCACCUAAGCAAAGCCAUUUAUCUGGGCAGUGUAUUUCAGCCGGUAAAAGCAGUAUAAUAUUAGAAUAAAUACAGUUGAAAAUAAACAAGAAUUUAUUGAUAAAAAAAAAGUAGUUAUCUUGUGAGCUAGUUAAUAGAAUAUUAAAUUGAUUUGUUAAAUUACGUCAGCAGCACAUGUGAUUUAAUUCAGGUGGUAGUUACAAAUACUAGGCUGUGAUUGGAAAUGGUUCAGCUAGUGCAGUGACACAUCACCCCUUACUGCAUUAGUAUUGAUUUUAAAAUUAGUGUUUAUUUCCAAUCAAAUGCUUACUGCCUUGAUAAAUAGCUUUAUAAAAAAUUCUCAGGCGCUUUUGAACUUUUGCACAGUUGUAUGCAAAAGUUUGGGCACCCUGGUCCAAUUACCUAAUUUGUUGUUUUACAUGUUUUUGAUUUUCUAAGUGAAAGUAAGUGAACGCAUCAUCUACAGAACACAUUUCGGCACAUUUUAAUACACAGUUGCCGUUUGUUUGGUAAAUUGAACAUAGCAAGGGUAGAAAUAAAGCCUAAAAUGUGGCCUGAGCGACAGUUACGGCACGUGUAAAGCCGGGCAUGCGCUGUGCAAUUUUAGCCCGUUUUUAAGCCGUUUUUAAGUUUGUUUGGAGCCGAUUGAAUUUCAUGAUCAAUCUGAAUUUCAGCCCCGUCAUUUGCCGUGGAGUUUGAGAGGAUAAACGAUGCCCGGUUAACUGCCCAAACGAGCUCCGAUUGAGCAGUCGGGAUGAUCAGAUGAAUUUCUACACAUCAGAAAUUUUUGGUCACUCUUCUCACAGUGUGAGCAGCCUCACGAACAAGUCGCUCCCAAAAUCCACACCCAGUCACAACCACCGCUCCCACACGGAGGCAGUGAAGUCCACGUUUGCAGCACCAGCGUCGUGUACGCCGACUUUGCUCCGUUUGAAUUGCGAGGUAUAAAUAAAUAACGUUUGUCUUAGUAGAGCUGCCUUCAGUGCACAGUGUGGCAAGCUGGUGUAGCGGUUUAUCACAGGCUGAAUCUGGCUUCUCCACCAAAAUUAGUCCGGUAGGGAACUGCGCACACAUGGCUGAGUCACAGAAGGCUGUUUAUUAGACGUGUGAUGCCCUUUAUGGGUGCAGGAGCAGCUAUUUUACUGUGGUGUACUAGUUAGGAAGCAGGGAGCCAGUGAUAUUCAGCCAGUGUUUUGAUGAGGACAUCUGAGUGAAAUUGAAUGAAACCGCUUUAUUAUAGACAGACGGUCUGUAGGGGCUGCGUUUCACGUGCACCCAUGGCGCGUUGUAUCAGUCGGACCGAGUGUUUUCAUACAGCGUGAGCACCUAAAUCGCAGGCUUUGAUCAUCAAACACAAUGGGCGAUUCAAGCGUGCAGUGGGAGUCACCAAAGAUUUCUAAAAUUGCACAGUAUAUGCCUGCCUAUGUAUUUAACCCCCCCCCACACACACACACACACACACCAAAUAUAGCGCUGCUGUCGAACGAAAACCUCGUAUCUCCAAAAUAGUAACUUUACAAAA